AUGGAUGAUAGUGUGGGCAUAGAAGAGGGGAAAUCCAGUAAGGGCAGGAACGGAUUGGGUGAGUCCGUAUGUUCGAUUGAUCGCAUACAGAUUCUAGGAAACACCAAAGUACUAGAUGUCGAGGGGGGAGGGGAGAGUGGAAAUGGUAUCUCAUUAGAGGAUAUGAAUGAUCAAAAUCAUCUUCAACCUGCACCAUUUAGGAAAGAUGAGGAGGGAAGUUCGUUGUUAAAGAUCUCAAACCAUUCACUGAUGUUUGACAACGCCCAUAGUGAUGAGGACUCUGGUACUAAGGAAGAGCAGGAUAAUUUCAUGAAUGAACUUGAACGAUUCCACAAGGAUAAUUCAAUGGAAUUCAGGCCCCCAAAGUUCUAUGGAGAAGGGUUGAAUUACCUUAAGUUGUGGAGAAAGGUGAAGAAAUUGGGUCGGUAUAAACAGGUAACAUUAAGCAGAAAGUGGCGCCAAGUGGGAGAGUCUUUUGAACCACCAAAGACAUGCACAAAUGUUUCAUGGUCCUUUCAUAACUUCUACAAGAAGAAAUAUCAGUAUCAAGUAUAUGCAUUAGUUCCUGGUCUUCUGCGUGAAGAGCUUCAAGUUCUUUCAGAUCCCGUCGGUCGUUUAAUAAUUACUGGAGAGCCUACACAACUAGACAAUCCAUGGGUGUUACUCGCUUCCAGAAGGUAA